AUGGUUACAGUGAUGCCAGGCUGCAGUGAUGAGAGAGGCAGUGAAGAUGAUGACAGUGAUGAGAGAGGCAGUGAAGAUGAUGACAGUGAUGAGAGAGGCAGUGAAGAUGAUGACAGUGAUGAGAGAGGCAGUGAAGAUGAUGACAGUGAUGAGAGAGGCAGUGAAGAUGAUGACAGUGAUGAGAGAGGCAGUGAAGAUGAUGACAGUGAUGAGAGAGGCAGUGAAGAUGAUGACAGUGAUGAGAGAGGCAGUGAAGAUGAUGACAGUGAUGAGAGAGGCAGUGAAGAUGAUGACAGUGAUGAGAGAGGCAGUGAAGAUGAUGACAGUGAUGAGAGAGGCAGUGAAGAUGAUGACAGUGAUGAGAGAGGCAGUGAAGAUGAUGAGUGA